AUGGAAGAAAGAUGGGGCUUUCUGCCUUGGAGUGGUAGAAGUUGGAUAUCGAGGGGUGUCAAUGAGUGGUUUUAUCGAAAGAAACAAAGCAACGGAAGGAGGGAGAGGUGCAAAGCAAGACAAGUGGUUCAUUCAACUACCUCAUCUAUCCCCUGUGUUCUUGUAUGGCUAUUGGAAAAUCGCCUCGGGGCUAAUGGCAAUGAUGAAACAAUAACUACGCUUCCUAAUAAAGAUAAUGCUGUCAAGGAAAUCACACAAGAUCGAGUUCCUGGUGGUGCACACCUUCGUGCUACUAGCAAAUUAAUUGGAGCUGGCAACAAACACCAAAAUUUAAGACUAAUUUCCUUUGGGUUGUGGGAAGCUGCUGCUGAUUGGGCCGAUCCUUCAUUGAGCUGCUUCAGGCCUUAUCCUCCGUGUGAAGAUGGAGUGCGUUUGCACGCAAAUUUGAGUGGACUCGGGUUUGAUCCCAAGACUGAGAAAUUUAAGGUUCUUAGGUUUACUUAUCCACUUGGAAUGGCUAUGGGGGCCUUUUCCGUCGAGCAUUUGAAGGCUGAGGUAUGCACACUUGGCAAUACCACAUGGAGAAGCAUUGCGCAACACCAGCAGUUUGUUCGUUCCCAUUUUCAUUCUGAUAACUUCAACGUAUUUAUGAAUGGUUCUCUUCAUCGUAUUGCUGAUCACGAAGGAGUUAGGCAAAUAUGUGCAUUUGAUUGCGAGAGUGAGCAAUUCAAAUCAAUAUUGUUGCCGUCUGUUUUUUCUGUUGAAGAUGAUUUGGACUUUGUUUUGCAAAAUGUUGGGGCUUUAGGGGACUCCCUGCAUCUCUGUUUACUUGUUGAAAAUUUUCAACAAAAUGUUUUGGAGGUAUGGCUGAUGAAGGAGUAUGGUAUUGUUGAAUCUUGGACCAAGAUAGUUGUCUUUGAAAACAUAUUGGAACCUUUGAAUGAUUGGAUACCGCCUGCAGUGAUAAAGGUGUUCGGAAAUGGGGAUCUCUUGUUCUAUCGUCGCCCAUAUGUAUUUUUAUAUAAAUCUAAAACAAAUGGUCUCACAAAAUUGGACAGUGAUAGAAUUCAAUCAACUAUGAAGCCGAUUGAUCACAGACCCAGCUUUGCCUCACUCAAUGAUUUAGUGCGAGACAACUCGUCGAUUUAA